AAUAUCUAAAGGAAGAAAAUGCAAACAAAUAACGUUAUCUAAUAAUCUACAAAGUUUCCCUUCGUCCCUCUGUUCUGCUUCAGCCAUGGCUUCCCCACACCUCCAUCUCCAUCUCCAUCUCCAUCUCCAUCGUCUUCUCCCUCGAUCUCAUCUCAAUUUCACAAGCCCCUCCCUCCCGACCCCAUCAAAACGGUGCGUUUCCAUCAAAUGCGCCUCCCCAGACUCCGACAAUUUCCCAUCCCCAGACCCCAAUUUCAGCGCCCUGAACAGCCCUUCGAGCUUCCCAAUCGAGAAGCGGAGGAGAUCCGAGAUCGUCCGCGAGGGGCGGCGGAGAGAGGAAAUAGCGAAGCCGGAGCCGCCGAACUUCGAGAUCGGGUGGAAGAGGACGAAGGAGAUCAACGUGGAGAAGCCGAUCGGGUGGGUGAUAAUGGACUUUCUGGAGAAGCUGGAGGGGCUGAUGGAGAGGGAAUUCGGGUCGACGGAGCUGCUGGCGAAGGUGGGAGAGAUCGUGGCGGAGAGGGCGAGGGAGGAGGCGGACAUUCUGGCGGACGAGGGGAAAGUGGAGGAGAGAAUGGUGAGGGAGCUGUGCAGAGUUCUGAGGCUGAUGGAGAUGGAUUUGGCGAUGGUGAAGGCGGCGGUCAAGGAAGACACGCUGAGCGAGAGGCUGAAUCAGGCCAAGGCCAGGUGCAGGCAAGCCAUACUUGUUGCUAAUUCUUUCUGAUGGAAAAGGGAGAUCAAUUGAUCUUUUUAUUUAUAUGGUUUUGUUGAAAUUGAAACCAACCCAUUUUCAUCACAAUCCAAAAGUUUAGUUUGCCCUGAUUGGUUUGGUAGUGAUCAAGGUGGGUAAUGAUGCAAUUAUAUAUCUUUGCACAUGGGUGUGGGUAAUGGCUAAUGGGAGUUUUGUGUUUGGAGAGAUAAUUAAAGAGAUUAUCAUAAAAGGCAACUCACAGAUGGAUUGAUGGAUAUGAAUCUAGAUAGUGGAUUGUAGUUUUA